UGUGCAUGGUAGUUUGUCAUGGAAGCGAUGCAUUAACAAAACGUUUGCUGAAUGGAUUUCCAAUACUGUCGGAAAGAAAUUAUAAUGGGCAUACCAUCAGAAGUGAUUUGUUGAGGUUAGCUGUACCAACUUUUUCACAUCAUAGACAUAGCCAGUUUCAUCAGGAUUUGGCACAUCAUUGUGAAAAGAAACAGGAUAAAGAAUCAUUACAAGUGUUUAGUGAAAAGGGUGAAAAUGCUGCAUGUUAUGUAAAAGAUGCUGACAAGCCAAAAUUGGAGGAUGAACCAUUAUCGAAAUCGUUAGAUGCCAAAUUAUCAGGACGAUUCCAACUCGUAUUUACAUGUAAAAAGUGCAAUACCCGUAAUGUGACACACAUAUCAAAACUUUCAUACCAGAAAGGUGUUGUGAUUGUGUGUUGUCAAGGAUGCAAAGUUAAGCAUUUGAUUGCUGAUAAUCUAAAGUGGUUUUCUGAUGAGAAGAAGAAUAUUGAAGACAUUCUUGCAGAAAAGGGCGAAUCUGUAACAAAAAUUACUUCACAUUAGGUUUCCCACCAGAUACACCUGUUCCUGUGUCAAAAGAAGAUAAACAGACUAAGCAGAAGAAUGAAACUCCAUUCGAAAUUAAGCUUAUCUGCAAAAAAGAGAUGUAAUUUCAUAUACUCCCAAAACUGAAAGAAUAUUUUUUUCCAGAGUUCUUUGCUUUUUGUAAAUCCCUUGUAUGACACAAUCUGAAUUGCUUGUAAAUGUAAUAAACUCUAAUGCUAUAGCAUGAAACAUAACUUCCUUUUCAUUAAAGAUAGUUUCUUUUGCCUUUAAAAUCUUAUUGGGAGGUACUCUGCCAUUUAGAGAAAGUGGAAGACAAGUUUUAAAUGGCUCUUGGGCAUUGUUAGUGUAGGGUUUUCUGGAAUUCUGUGCAAACUUAAUAAAUGUAAAUUAGGUGUAGUCAA